AUGUCUGCCAAGGCUUCUGAGAAAAUGCAGAUCAUGAUGGAGCUGGUAAAUGAAACUGAGAUCAGUCUGCUUGAAUGCAAGGUCUGUUUUGAAAAAUAUAGCCACCAAAAAAAACAUCGUCCAAGGAACUUACCCUGUGGGCAUGUUAUAUGCCUGGAUUGUGUGUGUUCACUAGCACAUCCAAGGAACUUUAGGCUGGAAUGCCCUUUCUGUCGAAGAGUGUGCAAAUCGUCUGAGACAAGUGACUGUUUACCAUUGUUGCACCUAACUGAGAUCUUAAGACCGGCAACUAAUAUUCCUUCUGCUUCAGGAGCAACAGCUGGGGCAAGUGACGAAGGAAUUGGAUCAACAUCUCCAGGCUUAACGUUCAGCCUUUCUUUUGGAGGCUGGGGAACGCUGAUCAAUCCGACUGGGAUUUCUAUAUGUCAGAGAUCUGGCUGUGUAGUAGUGGCACAUGAUGGCAAGAAAAGGAUUAAGCUCUUUGGUUUGAGCGGAAGCUGUAUACAGCAGUUUGGGGAACGAGGCAACGCAGGCAAUGAUAUCAAAUACCCACUUGAUGUAACAGUCACACUGGAUGGUCAUGUCGUUGUCACAGACAGCGGGGAUCAGUCUGUGAAAGUGUUUGACUUUGAUGGAAGAGGCAAGCUAGUUAUCCAAGGGCCCUUCCACUUACCAUGGGGUUUGGAUACCAACCCUGAAAAUAAAAUUAUUCUGACUGAUGCAAACGCAGGGGCCCUUUAUCAUUUGACAGCUGAUUUUAAGAAAGGGGAACUAAAAAAGAUUCAGAAGACCCAGUCAAACCUAUGCAAUCCAAGAGAGGUGGCAGUUUCUCAGCUGUCUGGGGUUAUUGCUGUAAUUGAGCACCUUCUGGCUAGAGGACCAAACUACAGCAGUACAAGGGUGAAGAUAUUCAAUGCUGACAUGACGCUUAUUGGCCAGAUCGAUAGCUUUGGUCUCAACCUAUUUUUUCCUUCCAAAAUAUAUGUCACUGCUGUGACCUUUGACAGAGAGGGACAUAUCAUAGUAGCAGAUGUCUAUAACCAGGUUGUAUUGUGCUUAGGGAAGCCUGAGGAGUUUCCGGUCUUUAAGCCCAUAAUUACCCAAGGGCUUGCAUACCCUGUAGCAUUGACAUACACAGCAAACAAUUCUCUGAUUGUCUUAGACAAUGGUGACCAUUCAGUAAAAAUAUAUACCACUAGCUGAACUAUUUUUGAUUCCUGCUAAUAUAAUUUAAUUCAAUUUUCAUCUUUUAAAAAAGCUAAGCUAUGGUUUUAUUGGAUAGUUGCAUCAUUUUUGUUCCUUCCAUGAGCUUGUUGGAAACUGCUAGGUUUUUGGAUGGAUGUGCUCUAUGAUUUGUGAAAUUCUUGCCAAUUCUGACUUCUGCAAAUUGUGUGACAGUCUGUCUACUGCAGCAUAAGACAGAGAUUUCCACCAUAUGACUUUGCAUUUUUCCAAACUAUUAUAGACAAUGAAGUUGUUGUUUGUGUGUGCAUGUGUGAACAAAAAGAACAAUUUUCUAAACAUUUUUAGAAAGGGUAGUGUUAGAUAAUGGGAAAUCCUGCCUAUUUUGACUGCUGGAAAGGAUGUCUUACCUUUUGGUUUUCUUUCUUAGUGUCUAAUUUAUCCGAUAUGUUGGGUAAGUUGAGAGAAUGACAUGAGGAAAUAGAAAUUUUCAUGUUCAGAAAUUCUGAUAGAAGGGGAACUGGCUUGACGAGAUGAAAAGUGGCUUUCAGUUCAGGAUCAUUGUAGACAAUGUUCAACUAAGGUCCAUACUGGCAUCCAUUAUAAUUUUUAAGGAGCCUAAGUGAAAUGAAUGGAAGGUUAAAGUCUAGGACUUCCAGUGUGAUUACUGAAACUACCAUGAAAACUGGUGUUGGAGGCCAAUGGGAUUAAAGACUGAUUCAUGGUCUCAUCCCUACAUAUCUCAUCAUAAGAGUUGAGAUGUAUUAGUAGAGUAAUACUUGGAAGAUUUUGCUGUUAGUACUAGGCAGACAAGGUUCUUUGGGUGAAUCUGAUAUCUUUUAUUAGACCAACUUAAAUAGUUGGAAAACAAUUAUUAAGCAAGCUUUAGGGUUCAAAAACCCUUCAUCAGGCUAAGGAAGU